GCGAUUGGGUGCUCUAUUGGCGAUGGCAAAAAGGAGGGACACGGGGUGAGCGUGGUAGAUGGUGUGGACCUGGGCAGGUUGUUAGUGGGGUGGAACAAGGGACCACCGCCUGUUGUUGUUCCGCCGCCAGUUGAUGUCAUUAUAGCACCCGAAGCAGGGCCACGUAAUCCUGUGGGGAACAUAGAGGAGCAGCCGGAACAUGAAGCCUCCCCAGCAGUGUCUGAGACGGCUGAAGGGGAAAUUCCUUUGCUCGAUACUGCCACGCCCGAGCUCGAUGCUGCCAUGCCCGAACCCGUAGAUAUUCCAGUUCCCGAAGAUGAUGAGGAUGAUUUACUUUUUGGGGAUACGGAGUGUUUCUUAGUGCACCCUGAAGCGAAUCAAGUUUGGGAAAUCGGGAUUCAUGAGACUGAUAUCGAGCCUUGCAAUCUUCCCUCCCCGACUCAGGCUCUUCAUUAUGUCAUGCUCGCCACCCAGGACCGCAAAAAGCGGGUCGAGGUCCGACUGAGGGAUCUCUCUGGAGAGGAGCAGGAACAGUUUAGCCAGGCUAAGCAAAAGGAGGUGGGAGCGUGGCUGGAUCAUGCCACAGUCAGGAAGGUUGCUGCGGGCACUCUCGAUGACAGUCAAUUAAUGCGGUGUCGUUGGAUCCUGAGCUGGAAAGAUCCGGAAAAGGUAGGGGGGCCAAAGCGGGCUAAGGCGAGAUUGGUGGUAUUGGGUUUCGAAGACCCGGAUCUUUCCUCGAUUCCCAACGACGCCCCGACACUGGGCAAGGAUGCUAGACAGCUGAUCCUCCAAAAGGUAGCCAGUAACAAGUGGAAGUUGAUCAAUUUUGAUGUUUCCACGGCCUUUCUCCAAGGAAAGGGGGAUGGCAGAAAGUUAGGCAUCCGGCCUCCGCCAGAACUUCGCACGGCUCUGGACAUGAAGGAGCAUGACCAGUGUUUGCUAGAGUGCGGGGCAUACGGCAGGGUAGAUGCUCCGUUUCUUUGGUUCCAGACAUUCAAGGAAACACUGGAAAACCUCGGCUUCAUUCAGUGUCCGUUUGAUGCCUGCACCUUUUGUCUCGUUACUCCAAAGGGGGAUGGGGUCCCAAAGGUUCAUGGGGUUCUAGGCAUUCAUGUGGACGAUGGCAUCGGGGGAGGGGAUGGAUACUUCAGUAAGGUGAUCAAGGAGUUGCGAGCCAUUUAUAACUUCGGAUCGUAUGAUGAGGGCGAAUUUAACUUCACCGGGACACACUUCCGUCAGUGGUUGGAUGGAAGCAUUGAAAUGGAUCAAACGACCUAUAUAGAGAAGAUAGCGCCUAUUCAUCUUCCAAGGGAGCGACGGACCCAUAGCAAUGCUUCUCUCACACCCGAGGAAGUGAAAGAACUCCGACGCUUGAAUGGGAGUCUCCAACACGCGGCUGUGCACACUCGGCCGGACCUAGCGGCUAAGGAGAAUAACUCGUAUCAGGGGACUCUGGUAAUGAUUACAGAUUGGCGAAUGUUGGCCAACGAAAAGGCAGUCAUAGUUCCUGUUGCGUGGUGCAGCAAGAAGAUCGCCAGGGUGGUUCGAAGUACUCUUAGCGCAGAGGUUGUGUCACUAAGUGGGUUAUGGACAGUGCUGAACUCCGUAAGCGACUGUGAAGUGGGCGAACGUCCUUCAUUUGUGCCUUCCGCUGCCUUUGACAGCUCGUGGAGGGAGGGCGUGGAUAGCUUGGCCAAGGAAAGAAAGGUGGCACAGGGUGCUUCGGGCCUUCAGGGCUACGCAGACAGGUCCACGGGCGGCCUUGGGCAUCUGCCGUGGCAACAGGUUCCUCGAUUCAUCCCAGGGGUGACGAAUGUAGAUGAGUACAGCCAGCGUCUGCAGUUCUUGAAAGAGUUGUGGCCACCUGAACACUUGCAACACCUGGCGCCGCGGGCAGCGCUUAUGGUGGAAGGUGCUGCUUUUCACAAGAUUAGUCGCAUUGCUCCGGAUAAGCUUCGAUCUGCUGAUGGGGUCAAACUUUUGGUUGAGUCACUUGGCGGCUCUUGGGGCAAGACGGCGGUGGAGGAAAAGUACCACUACUUUGAGCAAGCUAUGUUCCAGGUUGCACAGAAGACGGAUGAAAGCAACGACUCCUACAUCUCCCGGCAUGAUGCAGCUUUCGAGGAGCUGCUGGCGCGGAAGGUGACCUUGGAAGAGAUCAGAGCCUACAUUCUGUUACGGCACUCACUGCUGAGCCCAGAUGACAAGAAGCGGGUUGUUGUCGAGGCAAAAGGGGAUCUGAAGUACCAGGACACUGUGAAAUCGAUCCGACUGCUUGGCUCGAAGUUCUUCUCGGAGUUCCAGCAGAGAGGGUCAGGCCAGAGGGGUUCAGAACGCUCCAAGGUGUAUGAUGUGAAUGCCACGUUCGAAGAAGAACAGAGCGAAGAGAUUCACAUGACCGAGGACGACGACCACGACGAAGACAUCUUGGUGAUGUUCCUGAACCAGGGGGACGGAGACGCGGUGUACAUCACGGAGUUCGAAGACAGUAUAGUAGAAGCUGUGCAGGAGUCAACUCUGGCACCGGUGUUCACCUCGUACACCGAAGCGAGACAGCGGUUGAGGGACAAAGCGAAGGCAAGGGGAUACUUCAAACCCAAAGGCAAAGGCAUCAAGGGGACAGCCUUCAAGAAAGGGAAGUCCGGCCAUGGCGAAGGCUUUCGCCAAAAGUCCCUGGCAGAAAGGAUCGCUACGAGUUCCUGCAGACUGUGUGGGGGACGUGGACAUUGGAAAAGAGAAUGUCCAAAACGGGACGACAAGACAGAGACCACGCACUAUACGCAGGCAGAGUACGACAGCCCUUUCCUUCCAGAGCUCACGCCCCACAUCCCGGAAUACGCGGUCUACUAUCACGAGGACGACGUCGAGGAAGAGGACGGACAGGUCGCAUCAGCAGGGGGCAGUAGAAUUUGCGGUAGAGAACAUAUGUGCCUGACAGCAUCACCAGAGGUGAAGCCGAAGCCUAGCACAGACUUUGAAGCCGCAUUUGCACGCCGUAUGUUAAUGCUAAGCAGGACGCCUGAAUGGGCGCGAGAUGCCGCCAGAAGGUCGCUUGCUGUGAAGAAGGCUGGCAAAAGGCCAGGCGGGGCAGUAGAGAGCAGCAGCCGCAUGUCAUGUCAGCAGGGCCCAGGGUUGGAAGAAAGCAUCCUUGUGACCACCGCUGGGGCCGAAGGGGUCUUGGACACAGGGGUGGUGAUCCCGAUUCGACUCCUUUCUCUCCUCUUCGUGACGGUCAUGCCGGCCUCCUUGAGCAAGGCAGCAGCCAAACUCCACACAAAGCUGCCAGUUGUCGACAUGGAAGAGCCCCUGUCGGGGCCCGAGGACAGUCAGCUGGCGCCGGAGACGCAGUGUCUCCAGGAAUUCCUCGAGGUGGACUACGUCCGUCCGGCGGGAGUGCGGACUCUCCAGGAAUGGAGCCGCAUCAAAGCCGAGCAGGGCAAACAUCGCCACCUCACCUUCGGAGAGAUCUUCGAAAAGGAUCUUCGCUACGCCAUGGUCAUGGCACGCAAGUCGACACUCACGAGUGCCUGGGCCCUGAGCUUCAAAGGGUACAGCCAGGCCAGACUGAAGAAGAUGGCGCAGCAGCAGAUCAAGAAGACCGAGGGCGACCUCGACGACUGGAAG